AGCAGAUCUCAACGACUUUCCGCGUCAUCAACUUGAUCUCGAUCAACGCCUUGAAUAAUCCUAAAUCUUAAUCUUUUGGAUCUUUGCUCCUGGCAUCUUCUAGAGACAGUCAAAAUCGAUCACAAUAUGUCCUGGAUUCUGGCUGAUAUCAAGUCACUCUUCCCGCUGAGCCAAACCGCGGUCUCGAGCGUCCCACAGCCUGGCGAUGAAGCUCGAUCUUUCAAGUCGGACCCGUCAAAGGAUGGUGAUGCAGCGAGUAGCCUCGAGUAUCCUCUCGCAUCACGCAAACCGAGUGUAGUCGUAUUUGUUAGACACCUGGGAUGUCCAUUUUGUCAAGAAACCAUACAAGAGCAACUGAUCCCUUUGGCUAAAAAACGUGAUGAUAUCGAUUUCUUCCUGGUCUCGCAAGCAGACACCGAGACAACUCGAAGCUAUGUCUCCCGGUUGCCCAUAGAGGACCCCCCCAAUAUCCCGUUCACCAUCCUUUCCUCACCCGCACCUCACUCCCUGUACUCUACAUGGGGCAUUUCUCAACUAUCAGCCGGCUCAGUGUUCGGUCCAGGUGUGAUCAGCAGGGUGAUGGAACUCGCUCGCGAAAAAGGCAUCAAGAACCAAGAGACCGUUGGCUCUCGUUGGCUAAAUUCAGGCGCGUUCGCCGUCUCUGCAGAGGGCGAGGUUUUGUGGAGUCAUGUUGCCGCGCGAGCGGACGAUGUGAGCGAUCUUCAAUCUGCGUUGAAGGCUAUUGACGAGCAGAAAUGACCUGUGUAUAAAGACUUUGUACCGAAGC